GUCCCGACAGUUCGACUGGUUCCGCUUCUCAAAGCACGCACCGCAACCACGAAUUCUCGCAAAAGAACCGACCCAACACGACCGUAAAGGGUUAUAAUAAUCUACAAUCGAUCAAAAUGGGUUUCUGGGACACGAUAGGUGAUUUGUACGAGGCCGCCAAGCCAUGGGGCGAGGCCGAGGCCGAGGCACCUCCUGCCGAGGAGAAGGAGGCUGAGAAGGAAGAGUCCACCGAGGAGACCGCUGCCAAGGAGGAGUCCAAGGAGGAGCCUGCUGCCGAGGAGGAGAAGGAGGAGGAGAAGGAGGAAGAGGAAGAAGAGGAGGAGGAAGAAGAGGAAGAGGAGGAGGAGACCGUCGACCCCAAGGACAAGUUCGAGGAGGAAUGCAAGAACUCCAAGCAGUGCGCCCCGGCCAAGCACCACUACGACGAGUGCGUCGAGAGGGUCACCAACGCGACGCCGAGCGACUCGGACGAGAAGGAGGACUGCGUUGAGGAGUUCUUCCACCUCGCCCACUGCGCCACUCAGUGCGCCGCCCCCAAGCUGUGGUCUGUCCUCAAAUAAGCAGUACAGCUGUUAUGAUCCUUUGGCCGCCGACGUCGAUUUGCAGAAAUGUAUCAACAUAAAAACAAUAACCCAGAGGCAUGACAAGCUUGCGGCACCUCUUAUCGUGGGGAAGUGUGGCCACCAAUCAAACGGAGGAGGCAGUCGAUGUGCGAAAGAGAAAAAGAAAACUGUAGCCCUUUUCUUCACCAAGUACUAUUGGUUAUUCAUUAUACGUCGCCGGUUUGGGGACGAGGAGGGUGUUCUAGCCAUGUUCCUGUGUACCAUAGACCAGCUACCCUGCAUCAUAUCAAAGACUUUUUAGA